GCUUUCGGACUUAACAGCCCCUUUCCGAAACAAAGUGUUCGCACCAGCGGUGAUCAAGUAUCCGCAUGCUCUGCUGAUUGAGGCACGUCGGCCACUUCGUCUGAAGGUUUACACCGCAGACGCCGAUGUAGAUGCCCUAGCGAAGCAUGAAGAGCCGCGUGACGCAAAACAAAUACUGCUGGAAAGGCUCCUGCAAUCAACAGUGGAAAUUAUGCAGAACCACGG